AUGGGAAAUACAUCGCACUUGAUUGAUGUUUGCAUAAUAACUUUCUUAGUUUUCACAUAUUUGUUUUCAGUUGAAGGGCGUAGGCCUCAUGGGCGUAUGCUGGGUGCUUAUCGUGAGAUAAAAAACUUGAACGACAAGACAAUGAUGAAGUGUGCAAAAAUUGCAGUAUCCGAGCAUAACAAGAAGGCCGGAACAAAUUUUAUUCUUGUGAAAAUAGCUAUGGGACUGAAACAGUGUGUCGCUGGUUGGAAUUAUAUGCUAGUAAUUUCUACCAAAAAUGGGACUCGUGCCACUGGGAAUCAUGACUAUUAUCUUACCAUUUUGUUAGUUUCAACUAAAGAUGCUGAUCAUGCAGAUGCUAAUAUUGAAUACUACAUUGCUAUGCCACAUGAUCAAACACCCAUUCCUUUGCCAAAUAUUCCAAUAUCUGAAGCCAUUGCUCCUGUUCUUCCUAAUACCAGUUCAAAUCAACCAAUAUCUGAACCCUUACAAGUUCCACCAAUACCUUCUCCUCAAAUAUCUUCAAUUCCAUCCAUUAGACCUAUCAGAACCAAAACAAGACCACAUUGGCUUGAUGACUAUGUGACCUGUUCAUCUACCAUGCAUCUUCCAUCUGCCACCAUCACUCAAUCUGCUGAGGGACAUAUGCACACUCGACGUGAUUAUGGUAGCAAGUUUGAGAAAACAUCCAGACAGGAGAUCAUAAAGUUGAACGAUAAAGAUGUUGUCAGGUGUGCGAAAUUUGCCGUGGCUGAACAUAACAAAAAUGCUGGAAAAAAAUUGAUUCUCAUGAAGUUGGUUUUAGGAAUGAUGGAUCCCGUAAAAAACAGUGAUUAUAAGUUGUUAGUUUCGACUAAGAAUGGUGUUCCUGCUGAUGCUAAUGUCGAAUACUACAUUGCUAUCGUUAAUGUGAAACGUCAACCUAGAAAAGGGUCUCAUAUCAUAUCACUCCAACUAAUGUCAUUUGAAAAGAUAUAA